AUGGCAAAGACGAACCUCACCUUGGUGACAGAGUUCCUCCUCAUUGCUUUCACUGAAUACCCUGAAUUGGCAGUCCCUCUCUUCCACCUGUUUUUAUUUAUUUAUCUCACCACUUUGUUGGGGAACUUGGGCAUGAUCACUCUGAUCCGCAUGGAUCGCCGGCUCCACACCCCUAUGUACUUCCUUCUAAGCCACCUCUCCUUCAUGGACAUCUGCCACUCAUCUGUCACUGUCCCUCAGACAAUGGCCAUGUUGUUGGAGCACGGAGCAACUUUAUCCUAUACACGCUGCGUUGCUCAGUUCUUUCUGUUUACUUUCUUUGGUUCCAUUGACUGCUACCUUCUGGCCCUCAUGGCCUAUGACCGCUAUGUUGCCGUGUGCCAACCACUGCUUUACGUCACCAUCAUGACGCAGAGGGCACGUCUAGGUUUUGUGACUGGGGCUUACAUCGCUGGCCUCCUCAGUGCCUUGGUGCGGACAGUCACAGCAUUCACUCUCACCUUUUGUGGAAACAAUGAAAUCGACUUCAUUUUCUGCGACCUCCCCCCUCUGCUAAAGCUGACCUGUGGGGACAGCUACACC